AUGUUUUCUCAUUUUUGUCUGAUAUCUUUGUCACAUUUUCCUAACUUGAACAGUUUUCUAACCAAUCGUGGUCGUAAUCCUUCUGCCAGCUCCUCCUUAGGAUCAGUUGUUACCUCUGUCUCUUCGCUAAGCUCUGCUGUUACCAGUUGUAUUAUCCCAGAUUCCGGUAACAGCGCUCCAACGGCUGAUUUAUUUUGCAGACCCGAUGCUGAUAUCACUGACUCCACUGGUCAAGUCGAGGGUUCCGAAACUGACGGAAAUGUAGCACGAGGUGCAAACGACCGGUCUUCGGCCGAAUCGGUUUUACGCGCCAAUUGGCAAUUCGCUCAGCUUCAAGCCGCAGGCCGAAAGAUGCAACGCGACCGUUUACUGGCAAGUCAGGUCUGCCUCACUGUAAUCGAAGUGCUUAAGGAAAUAAUUGAGGUGAGUUGA